AUCGCAAACAAGCUAGCUAAUCACUUGUCAAGAACAAGAGCUCUCUACUUGCAUUGGCUAGCGUGAUCCGCGAGGUAGCUGGCUGCUUGUUGUGAUCGAGCAAUGGCGUCCAAGGCAUUCGCGCUGUUCCUGGCCGUGAACCUGGUGGUGCUGGGCGUAGCCAACGCCUGCACGCCCAACUGCUCGACCCCCUCGACGCCGACGCCGACGCCCACGCCGUCGUCGUUCGGCAGGUGCCCCCGCGACGCGCUCAAGUUGGGCGUGUGCGCCAACGUGCUGGGCCUCAUCAAGGCUAAGGUGGGCGCGCCGCCCGCGGAGCCAUGCUGCCCGCUGCUGGAGGGGCUCGUCGACCUGGAGGCCGCCGCCUGCCUCUGCACUGCUAUCAAGGGCAACAUCCUCGGCAUCAACCUCAACCUGCCGGUCGAUCUCAGCCUCAUCCUCAACUACUGCGGCAGGACCGUGCCCACCGGCUUCAAGUGCUGAGCGCCUCUCCGUCUCAUCAUCGCCUUGCGCUGCCUCCCUUCCAUUCCAUGCAUGGUUCCGUUUCAGUGAUGCAUGGUUCCGUUUGAUUGCUUUCCCACGUACGAGAGGUACUGCAUGCAUGCAACGCAUGGCCGUACGUGCUCUCGAUUUGUAAUUUCCCAGCCUCUUCCGUCCUUGUGUGCAUUUGUUGUAAAGGGCUGGCGAUCACUUCUACGCCGGUGCUAAUAAGUUCCAAUCAAGUUUCAGUGUUUUGCA